AUGGCUGACGACGAUGUAAACACACUCAAAAGGCGUCGCGCAACAAUAUUAGGAUCAUGUACGAGGAUACGCAAUUUUGUAGAAGCGGCCGAAUCCGUUACACCGUCCGUAGUGGCUCAAUUUGAGGAACGUAAGAUUAAAUUGGAGAAUUAUUGGACCGAAUAUGACAUCGUACAAACUAAAUUAGAGAUGCAUGACGAAUCCGAAGCAAAUCACCGCGUCACCUUUGAAGACGCGUUCUAUUCCUUGUCGGCCAAAAUUCGCGAAAUGCUCAACAUUUCGACACGCGGUACGGCCAUGGUCGCGCCGGCAUCGUUAGAUGCGAACCGAGCGCAGGAAUUCGAUGGAAUAAAAUUGCCGAAGUUAGACAUUCCUAAAUUUUCCGGAAAAUAUGACGAAUGGUUUUCGUUCUACGAUACCUUCAAAUCAACGGUGCAUGAGAACAAAUCUCUCAGUAACGUUCAAAAAUUGCGUUAUCUAAAGAGCGCUCUUCUUGACAGCGCGCUCAAGCUAAUAAAUUCCUUAGAAAUUUCCGACGCAAAUUACAAGGUGGCGUGGAACUUAUUACAAGAGCGUUAUUGUAACCAACGUGCGAUCGUUCAGGAUCACAUAAGCACGAUCUUAGAUUUAGCAACUAUGAAAAGAGAAAAUGUUAUCGAACUGCGACAAAUCGCAGAUGGCGCAACGACACACAUUCAGGCCCUUCAGGCUCUAAAGCGUCCUACAUCUGAAUGGGAUGAUAUAUUAAUUAUAAUUUUAAGUCGCAAACUUGACGCGCGCACUCUCCGCGAUUGGCGAUUGUCGCUAAAGGGUUCUGAACUGCCUACCUUAAAACAGUUUCUCGGCUUUAUAACACAUCGAUGUCAAACUCUCGAGACGGCUAGCAGACCGGAUGUCAAUUCUCCCAAAUAUGAAAAUACGCAGUCACAAUCCAACACAAAACGUCAGUCUUCGUGUACUGCGACGAUUAAAUUUAAAUGCGGUUUUUGUAAUGGAGAGCAUCUCAUAUAUUAUUGUCAAAAUUUUUUAGCAUUGCCCGUCUCCCAAAGAGUUUCAGAAAUUCGUAAGCGCAAACUGUGCACCAAUUGUCUAAGAUCCAUUGAUCAUUCUUCAAAUAAAUGCCCAUCAAGCAAUUGCAGAGUUUGCAAGGCGAAACACAAUACAUUGCUUCAUCUUGCAACUGCCGAAAUAAAGGAAAAGGAAAAACGCGAUCGCGCUACCGAAAGCGGCGCCGAAACGAGCCCGACCAGCUCUUCGGCUGCCGUAGUCACGCACUCCACACAUUCUCUUGAUAGCAAAUGCGUUAUGCUCUCUACUGCCGUCGUUUAUGCAUAUGAUAGCAAGGGCUCUCGCAAAUCUUGUCGCGUCUUACUGGACAGCGGUUCUCAAGCCAAUUUCAUAUCAAAGGGGUUCUCAGAUGCACUCGGACUUCCAACAAAUUCAAUCGACAUCUCGAUCUCAGGUGUAAACAAAACAGUCACGAGAUCGUCUAAAUCCACAACAGUAUGUUUACAGUCACGUACCAAUGCCUUCAGCAUUUCGAGCGAUUGUAUAAUCACAGAUCAAGUAACGAAUAAACUUCCCGCCUUUACCAUGAAAAGAAGUGCAUUUGAGAUACCGCAAAAUUUGAGAUUGGCUGAUCCGCAGUUCCACAUCUCAUCAGAAAUCGACAUAUUAAUAGGCGCGGAACACUUCUGGGACUUGCUCUGUGUCGGUCAAAUUAGGGCCUCCCCAACACAUCCGACGUUACAAAAAACGCGAUUCGGGUGGAUCUUAGCCGGACGACUGAGCGGCUCACCGACCACCGGACAACGCAUACAAUCAUUUCACGCGACCGUGACCAACACGCAAUUACGCGAUCAAUUAUCGCUUUUCUGGCAAAUCGAGGACGUUGCUGAAAAUCCAAAUAAUCAUACGAUUGAGGAGGCUCAGUGUGAACAACACUUUUUGCAAAACUUAUCUCGAACUCCGCAGGGUAGAUUUGUCGUUAAGCUUCCGUGUAAGGAACCAGGAUUUGACAAACUCGGAGAGUCAAGGGACGUUGCCCUGAAAAGGCUGUAUAGCUUAGAAAGGCGUUUUAGACGCGAUCCCGAAUUAAAAAUUCAAUACUUUCAAUUCUUAAAUGAAUAUUUGGCAUUAGGCCACAUGAUGCAAAUUGACGAACAAUCCGAUGAUAAUUCGAAAUCCUUCUACUUACCUCAUCAUUGCGUCUUCAAGCCCACUCUGGGCUCCAACAAAAUUAGAGUGGUCUUCGACGCUUCGAGCAAAAGCUCUACUGGCACCUCUCUGAAUGAAGUACUAAUGGUGGGUCCAACCGUUCAACAGGAUCUAGUAUCUAUAUUACUCCGAUUCCGCAUUUUUCGUUAUGUUCUCGCGGCGGAUAUCAUUAAAAUGUAUCGGCAGAUAAGGGUGCACCCCUCGCAAACGCGCUACCAACGCAUUCUUUGGCGGGACGAUCCGAAUUCCGACGUCAAGGUUUACGAACUCGUUACGGUUACAUACGGCACGUCUUCCGCUUCUUAUUUGGCCACUCGGUGUCUCAAAUGGCUAGCCGAACGAUACUCAAGCAAAUAUCCGAGUGGCUCUACAUCCGUGGGACGCGAUUUUUAUGUAGAUGAUCUGCUCACGGGAGCCGAUACAAUUGAUCAAGCCAAAAUAAUUCGCGAUGAGGUCAUUAAUUUAUUGCGCUUGGGAGGGUUCGAGCUCAGCAAAUGGGCAUCCAAUUGCCCUGACUUGUUGACGGACCUUAGCAAUCAAAAUAACAAUGUUAUUAUAAUCGACAAGGACUCAGAAUCAUCUCUUUUGGGGGUUCAUUGGAAUCAGACUAAAGAUACACUCCUUUUUUCUUACAAAAAUAGCGACACUCAUGAUACAGUUUCCAAACGAACAAUUCUAUCUGAGGUGGCUCGGUUGUUCGACCCGCUAGGCCUAUUAGGCCCGGUAAUUGUUUUGACUAAACUAAUCUUACAAGAACUCUGGCAAUUGGGCUCUCACUGGGAUGAGUCGGUUCCGCAACACCUCCAUUCGCGCUGGUCGGAACUCAAAUCACAAUUGGCUACUAUCAAUCAGCUCUCCAUUCCGCGCUGCGUUAAAUUCAGUACUGAUCCGCUAUCCAUACAGCUUCAUGGCUUUUGUGAUGCAAGUCAGCGGGCGUAUGGAGCGUGCGUCUAUGUGCGUACGCAAUUCAAAAAAAAUGAAUAUCGUACCGAAUUGUUGACUUCUAAGUCUCGCGUUGCACCGCUCAAGGCUGUAUCUCUGCCGCGCCUUGAACUCUCGGCAGCAUUGUUGCUAGCGCGACUAAUCAAGAAAAUCGGCGCGUCAUUUGACCUGACCAACUUGCAAACAUUUUUAUGGUCAGACUCUACAAUCGUCCUGAACUGGAUAUCCUCACCGUCGCGACAAUGGUCCGUUUUCGUAGCUAAUCGAGUGGGCGAAAUCCAAGGCAUUACGGAUCCAGAACGUUGGCGUCACGUCAAAUCUUCGGACAAUCCUGCCGACAUUUUAUCUCGUGGACUCAAUCCGCGUGAACUAGCAAGUUCAUCAAUAUGGUGGCACGGUCCCACCUUUUUACAACAAAGCAACGAGCUCUGGCCUAACAGUGAAUUCGUUCGCACAACAAAAAACCACCCGGAACAAAGGCAAUGCCAUGCGGCCACCGCCGUUUUCGAAAAUAACGUCGUAGAUGAGUUGCUUAAUAGACACUCAACUCUCAACAAAGCAUGUCGCAUUCUAUCAUAUUGCUUAAGGUUCUCUAAGCCUUAUCGCAAAUUUGCAUCAACCAAUUUCAUAUCUCACCAAGAAACUCAAUCAGCUCUGUGCAUCAUGUGCAAGGUAGUACAAGCUCAGGCGUUCGCAGAGGAACAUAGGGCGUUAUGCAAGGGCAACGUUAUCAACUCUUCAAGCAGCAUUUUGUCCCUCUCUCCAUUCAUAGGUAAAGAUGGAUUAAUUCGAGUGGGCGGAAGGCUAGACAAUUCAGAUUUGAAUUUUGACAUCCGCCAUCCGAUUUUACUACCGCGCAAUCACACAUUAACUAAACGUAUAAUAGAGCAGGAGCAUGUGCGCAAUGCACACGCUGGCACACAAGCCACCAUGGCGGCAGUGAGACAACGAUUCUGGCCAAUCUCGAUGCGAUCAAUUACGCGAAAAAUUAUCAAAAAUUGUGUAACUUGUUUCAAAACAAAUCCUAUUUAUUCGGAGGCCAUAAUGGGUUCACUACCCGCAGGUCGCGUGACCGUUUCAAAACCGUUCUCCCACUGUGGGGUGGACUAUGUCGGUCCCUUUCUGCUACGCGAAUCGAAACGACGCAAUGCCCGUAAUCAUAAGGCCUAUCUGGCCAUUUUCGUGUGCUUCGCGACAAAGGGAGUGCACUUAGAACUCGUUAGCGACCUUACCAGCGAUACCUUUAUUGGCGCACUCAAACGAUUUGUGUCGCGUAAAGGAAAACCAAGUUGUAUGUAUUCCGACAACGGAACCACCUUCGUCGGAGCUCAAAGGCAAUUAAAGGAAUUUUUCGAUUUUCUAAGCAAUGAACAAACUCAAACUAGUGUUCAAUUCUUUUUACGCGACCAGGGAACUUCCUGGAAAUUUAUACCUCCCAACUCUCCGCACUUCGGCGGUUUGUGGGAGGCAGCAGUAAAAUCUGCAAAAUUACAUUUACAUCGAAUAGUCGGAAGAUCGCCUUUGACCUUCGAAGAGUUACAGACAAUAUUUUGUGAAAUAGAGGCGAUUCUGAAUUCGCGUCCGAUUACGCCACUAAGCGCUGAUCCUAACGACUUAGCCUAUUUAACUCCGGGUCAUUUCUUGGUUGGCACCGCCCUGAACAGUUUUCCUUACGAAAAUCUAAUCGAUAUUAAUGAAAACAGGUUGGUGCGUUGGCAGCAAAUCGAGCAAAUGCGGCAACAUUUUUGGCACAGAUGGAGCCGAGAGUACCUGCAUACUCUCCAAGAACGUUCAAAAUGGAAAAUUAAUAAGGGCGAGCAGUUAAAGCUCAAUCAAAUGGUACUAUUGCAAGUACAGGGCCUCGCACCACUCCAGUGGCUACUAGGCCGAGUUGAAGAAAUUCAUCCGGGCGCCGACAAUGUUGUCCGUACCGCUACUAUCCGUACAGCAAGGGGUUUAUAUACUAGACCCCUGUCAAAAAUUGCUAUUUUGCCAUUAGAUUCAUGA